CUCUUCUGUCCUUUUUUCCUCUUCUUCUCCCCCAUUGUUCCACGCAUCACAUGGUUGCAACGAGCGCUGCGCAACGGCUUCUGUGACUCUUCUCGCGCACAAGCUACCAUGAGCUCAUCCUCCUACAUUGAUUGGUCCAAGACCACCAAGUCCAAGGACUACCGCGGAUCGACGUCCUUUGCGACUUUCCUCAUCAUCGGUCCGACAUGCUUCUUCCUGGGCAUCCUCUUCGCGUCGUUCCCGUACGACUUCCCCCUCCUGUGGACGAAAGAACCCGUCGCCGCCGACUACUACGACCAGCUCGAGACGCACCUCAAGUUCGUUCACCAGUCGCCGCCGCUCAUCGGCCGUCUCCUCAACAUCAUCAUGAGCGUGGGCUUCCUCGGCCUCUUCAUCAAGCUCUUCCGCCCCAGCGAGGCCAACUUCCUAUUUGACGGCGCCUCGCUGAUCCUGUACCUCAUCGGCGUGGCCGUCUACGUCUCCAACAUUGUCAAGGGCCUGCGCACCGUCAGCUCCGGCUUCUGGCACUCGGAGGAGUUUGCCGCGUCCAAGGGCCGGUUCGACGGCGAGAUUGUCCUCGGCAGGGAGGACAGCCUCAAGGUGCUGGCGGCGAGCAACACGAUUCUGGCGCUGGUCUUGGUGGGAAUCCUGGUGUUGCAGGCAGGGCAGUGGUAUGCCGAGAAGAGGGACUAUGACGACGAGAAGGAGGUGGCGAAGAAGGAGGCUAAGAAGAAGCAGUGAUGGGAUGGAGGACUGUGUGAUACUGGGACGGUGUUUGGCCGUACGGACGGCGAGAUGUCUUGGGCAUGGUGUUAUGUAUCACGACGAUGUGGUGUAUUUGUAGCAUCGGGUUUACCGGAUCUCCGCGAGGUUGGAUAGUAUAAAUCGCUCGUAUGGCCGAAGGAUGCCUUGAUGGCGGGCCGUUAUAUGUAGUAGUA